GUUUGGUUUUGACAGGGGAGGGGAGAGAGAUAGAUAGAGAGAGCGCUGGCUGGCUGGCUGCACAUUUGGAGAUGGGUGUCGAGCUAGCCUCAAUGCAUGCUGCCAGGACGCUAGCCUGCACAUCGCUUCUCUGCCGGCUAUUGCACUCGCCCGCAAGUCCACCGCGUCUGAUGCCUGCGUUGUAAUCUUGCUGCUUGCUGCUUGCUGUGAGUUUACGGAGAGAGCCUUUUGAGUAAAUGGCCACCGCGGUUGCCGCAGACCAGAAAUCAUGGUGCAGUUACUUUUUCCUUUAUGAUUCUUCGAAGGUUAAGGAGGAGGGUGAUCCAACGAGGGCCGGCAUCUAUUAUUUUUAUCCUUCACAGACCACCGCUGAUCAACAAGAGUUGCUGUGCGGACAAGUAGCUGGUGUGGUGUGCUGUAUUACUGAGAUCUCGGGAAGUCCACCCACGCUAAUCCGCUUGCGGAAGCUGAAGUUUGCCGUCCAAGUGUCGGGAGAGUACCUUUGGGUUCUUGGAUGUGUGAUAGAUGUUCCCGAUGUGAGCUGCAAACACUCUCUGGAUCAUCUUAUCGGCGUCUUUACAUUUUACAAUGGAGCCAGCCAGCAUAUAUACAAGCUGCGGGAGAAAGAUGCGCUGGCCCGGCAGUGGGAUAUCUACAUGCGGCACAUCCAGGAGAACAGCGGUGGGCUGCACCGCACGUUCAACUCCCUGUGGAACCUGGACCGGACUGAUGUGGAUCCUCUCUUGCUGCUGAAGGCUGCCCUUAUUUUACAGAGUUGUCAGCGCUGCCCUGAGAUUCUGGCCGGUUGCAUCCUGUACACCAACCUAAUAGUCAGCUCUCAACUUCCACCAGAAAUAACAGCCAAAAUACAGGCGUACCAGCCUGGAGCGUGCAGUCAGAAUCGGACCGAGACGUUAGAUGAUGCCCCAUUGCCUGAGGGUGUGACAAUAUUAACGGUAUUUGUCACCAAGGAGGAGUCUGCAGCUCUGCGACAGUAUUCAGUGCAGUGGAUAUUUGGGUCACCUGAUAGCCCAAAGCCAGAUUUAUUGGAGAAGGGGAGCGAGAAACGACAGCUCUCCAGAACACUGUCGGACAGCCCGAUCCCUGAGGAAGGCGUGGCGAGCGGCCCCCCUGCUUCGGAGUUUGAGACCUCCUACCUAAACGCCAACGACUGCCGGGCCCCGCCGGAGUUGGCCGGGCCGCUCCAGAAUUACCAAGGAACACUCCGCCACGCGCCAUCGCCACCCGUGGAGUUCGAGCGCGAGUCUUCAGGGACUGCCGACCCUCGCCCCCCGAGCAAAGCCUCAUCGACCUCCUCCCCCGGCCUCUCUCGGCCUUCAGUGCAUUCGGACCAGGGGCAGGGCGUGGGAGGCCCCAAACAUUUUGUUGACCUCUACAUGGAGCUGGUGGAGGGCACCUUGGGACGCCCAGAGACCUGUCCCGGUUGUCACCAGAAGGAAGCCUCCGCCACCUCUGCGGGGAUCUGCUCCGACGAUCUCCAAAGCCUGCCCUCGCACCAAGACCGGAGCUGCCCGCUGGGUCAGGCAGGCCAUGGCGGUGAUGUCGGAGGCCCCUCUGUAGGGUGCGGAGGAGAUGGUUCGGACAUUGAGCGGGCUACGUCCCUGGUUCCUGGACCCGACGACCGAGGGAACUUGGUGAGACUGUGCCUGUACAUUCACACGGUAAAAGGGCUGGUGAUGUCCCUUCUGGCUGAAGAUGGACUCCACGCCCAGCGCGGGGCUAUUGAAGAUGUGUACCACAGCUCUCUGGCGUCUUUAAAUGGGUUAGAGGUGCAUCUGAGUGAGACUCUACUCAGCAAGGGUUUCUGCAACCUACUGGGCUUUAACUUUGCACACUACGACUGCAUUCAACAUAUACUCACAGCUCAGCUCUCUCCUGGGGUACAAAGGGGUCAAUUUCUUCGAGCGACAGCGAUGAUGCACACGGACUUGAACCUCAACAGCGGUAUUCGAGAGAUGACUGUCAGGAAUGCCUCCACCGCCGUGUACAGUUGCCGCAACCCGGCCCAGGAAACCCACUUCCAAUAUCUCGCCACUCCCGCCCGGAACUCCGGCGCUCCCAACCCUCACGACAGUGCGUUUUCUUUGCCGGGAAGAGCCAAGCAGAAGCUGCUGAAGUACGGAGUGAACUUGCUCUGAAGAUGGGUCCGUACUUGAAACGCCACCUGUCCCAUGUCCUCCAGAGAUGCUGCCUCACCUGCUGAGUUCCUCCAUCUCAAGAUUCCAGCAUCUGUAGUUCCUUGUACCUCCAGAGAUGUUGAGGGGAC